AUUUCCGUUGAAGCCCUGACUGAGAGAUCACACAUCAGUCACAGCGACAGCGACUUUUACCUCAACACCUCUACUUCUGCAGGUCAGUUUGGACAGUCUACCGGCCGUCAUGCCUGUAAUCAAAUCCAGCCUGUCUAAAAAUCAGCAGAGAAAGCUGCUCUCCCUCCUCGGUCACGUCAGACUCCACCUGCUCUACAAAGCUAGCGUCCAUGGCUUCAGUGGUGCUGCUUUCCAUCGCCGCUGUGACGAACAGGGGCCCACUGUCAUUGUUGCCUACAAUGCUGCUAGUUUCGUCUUUGGGGCCUACACCUCUAAAGACUACACCCAGAGUGGAGAUAAUGUCUAUGAUGAGGGGGCCUUCCUCUACAGCAUCAGGGAGUGGAUAAACUGGCCACUGAAGGUGACAUCUAUCAGAGGACAGCCUGCAUUCACAGAUGAUGCCACUGGUCCAAAUUAUGGUGAUUUGGUGUUCCUGCAUGAGGACAAGCCUCAGAUCCAGUCCAACCCAGGGACAAACUUCAACUUUAUGGCAGACAAGAUGCAUGGAGAAAAGUUGGCACUGACUGAGUUUGAAGUGUAUCGAGUUGAAGCCUUGGAAGAUCUCCUGUCCAGUCCCUGGAGGAAUGUCCAGUGGGCCGCAGAGAGGAGGCAGCAGCUGGUGGAAAAUAUUAAGAGCUAUAAGCCUGAACUUAAAACAGUCCCCCAAGCCCGUGUGUUGUUGGUGGGGCCCGUCGGGGCUGGCAAGUCCAGCUUUUUCAACUCCAUCAACUCACUGUUUCGAGGCAACAUGACGUCCCAGGCCAUCGCUGGUACAGCAGGGAAGAGCGUAACCACUCAGUUCCGCACCUACACCAUCAAGGUGGGGAAAGGUGGCGAAGCUCUUCCUUUGAUACUGUGUGACACAAUGGGGCUGGAGGAAAAUGCUGAUGCUGGUUUGGACAUUGACGACUUAGUCAACAUCUACAAGGGCCACAUAAAGGAUCGCUGCCAGCUUAUUCCCUCCAGUCCUCUCCAGGAGGACAAUCCUAACUUUAGGAAGGAGGCGACUCUGAAUGAUGUGAUUCACUGUGUUGUUUAUGUGGUCGACACCUGCAAGGUCUCUCUCCUCACCCAAAAGAUGCUGGACAAGUUUGCCGUAAUUCGCAAGAAGACCAACCAGCUGGGAAUUCCUCAGAUUCUGCUGAUGACUAAAGUGGACGAGGCCUGCCCGCUGGUGGCAGAAGACUUAAGGGAUGUUUAUCGCAGUGUUUACAUCCAGAGGAAGGCCCGGGAGUUGAGCGAGUCUCUGGGCAUCCCCUUGUCCUGCGUGCUGCCGCUGAAAAACUACAGCGUGGAGCUGGAGCUGGACCAGGACACUGACAUACUGCUGCUGACUGCUGUGGAGCAGAUGCUGAACUACGCAGACAACUUCUUAGAGAAUCAGUUUGUAGAGUGCCCCGAGGAACAUAAAUUUGUGUAGGCCAAUGAGGAUGUCAACAUCGCCAUGGUUCCCUUGCAAAAAGCCAAAGGGAUUUUCCAUUUGAUUUCACAUUACUGCAGGAAAUAAGCUCUGUGGCGAACGUUUAUGAUGCUUUACAUGUUUUGUUCAG